GAUUAAUAAUGUAGGCUUGAAGCUUAAGCUUCCCAUUAGUCCUUGAACUCUUGUGCUAAUCAGUUUCGCACCCUUUUAUCCGAGGUGCUGCUCAGUCCAACCUGUAUAUAACCUGGAUUAACGGAAUACGCACAGAAAGCAAAGACAAAAUCUGGGGUAGUACAAUAAAGAGCGAUAGAUUAUUUUCAUCAUCAUCAACCCAUAUGGUUUAAUCAACUUUUCUGAACAAAUAAUAUAAAUAUCGGUUGAUUUUUCACAGCAGUUUUAAAUUUGAUUUCUUUAUACUUUUUUUCUUAUUUCUUCUAUUAACUUGUUCUUGUAUAUCUGUAUAUAUAAAAGUAAUACUAGUAUUAUAGUAAGAAUAUAUUAAUUAAUAUUAGCAAAAAAUGCCUUACUCAGCUAUCAAUUUAGAUGAAGAAGAAAAAUUCUUCCAAGACCAAGUGAGAGAAAUCAAACAAUGGUGGUCUCAACCUCGUUGGAGAAAAACUAAAAGAAUUUAUUCUCCAGAAGAUAUUGCUAAGAAGAGAGGUACUUUGAAAAUUGACUAUCCAUCUUCUAAUCAAGCAAAGAAAUUAUUCAAAUUAUUAGAAGAACAUGAUAAGGAAAAGACUGUUUCUUUCACUUUUGGUGCUUUAGACCCAAUUCAUGUUGCUCAAAUGGCCAAAUAUUUAGAUUCUAUCUAUGUUUCUGGAUGGCAAUGUUCUUCAACUGCUUCAACUUCAAAUGAACCAUCACCAGAUUUAGCUGAUUAUCCUAUGGAUACUGUUCCAAAUAAAGUUGAACAUUUAUGGUUUGCUCAAUUAUUCCAUGACAGAAAACAAAGAGAAGAAAGAUUAGGUUUAACCAAGGCUCAAAGAGCUAAGUUACCUUACACUGACUUUUUAAGACCAAUUAUUGCUGAUGCUGAUACUGGUCAUGGUGGUAUUACUGCCAUUAUUAAAUUGACUAAAUUAUUUGUUGAAAGAGGUGCUGCUGGUAUUCAUAUUGAAGAUCAAGCUCCAGGUACCAAAAAGUGUGGUCAUAUGGCUGGUAAAGUUUUAGUUCCAGUUCAAGAACAUAUUAAUAGAUUAGUUGCUAUUAGAGCAUCUGCUGAUAUUUUAGGUUCUGAUUUAUUAGCUGUUGCAAGAACUGAUUCCGAAGCUGCUACUUUAAUUACUUCAACUAUUGACCACAGAGACCAUUACUUUAUUAUUGGUUCAACUAACCCAGAUACUCCAGAUUUAUCUACUCUUAUGCAUGAAGCUGAAUCUAAGGGUAUUUAUGGUGAAAGAUUGGCUGCUAUUGAAGCUGAAUGGACUAAAAAAGCUGGCUUAAAAUUAUUCCAUGAAGCAGUUAUUGAUACCAUUAAUGCAGGUAAUUACCCAAACAAGGCUGCAUUAAUUAAAAAAUUCACUGAUAAAGUUAAUCCAUUAUCUUUAACUUCCAAUAAAGAAGCUAGAAAAUUAGCUAAAGAAUUAACUGGUAAAGAUAUUUACUUUAAUUGGGAAGUUUCCAGAGCCAGAGAAGGUUACUAUAGAUACAGAGGUGGAACUCAAUGUGCUGUUAUGAGAGGUAGAGCCUUUGCUCCAUAUGCUGAUUUAAUUUGGAUGGAAUCCGCUUUACCAGAUUAUGCUCAAGCUAAAGAAUUUGCUGAUGGUGUUAAAUCUCUUUAUCCAGAUCAAUGGUUAGCUUACAACUUAUCUCCAUCAUUUAAUUGGAAUAGAGCCAUGCCUGCUGAUGAACAAGAAACUUAUAUCAAGAGAUUAGGUAAAUUAGGUUAUGUCUGGCAAUUCAUUACUCUUGCUGGUUUACAUACUACUGCUUUGGCUGUUGAUGACUUCUCUGCUCAAUAUGCCAAGAUUGGUAUGAGAGCUUAUGGUCAAACAGUUCAACAACCAGAAAUUGAAAAAGGUGUUGAAGUUGUUAAGCAUCAAAAAUGGUCUGGUGCCGAAUAUAUUGAUGGUUUAUUAAGAAUGGUUUCUGGUGGUGUUACAUCUACUGCUGCUAUGGGUGCUGGUGUCACUGAAGAUCAAUUCAAAGAUCAUGGUAAGCUCUAGUCCAUAGACUAAAUAUCCAAAUUCAUUUCUUCUAAAAGCUUCGUUAUAUUAUUUAUUUAUUUAUCUAUUUAUCUAUUUAUUAUAAUUAUAUAAAGUCAAUUAAAUCAAUAACUCGAUAUUGAAUCAGAGUAGUUAAUGUCUCCUUAUACAUGUCUGUAUUCUAGUAUGUGUUGUAUUACUGUUAUCUAUAAUACACUUAUUCCACAGUAUAUGAA